AUGAACAAUCCCCAUGAUUAUCUCAUCACCAGUCCCACCCCGUCUAGGCCGCGGCACGUGGAUCCUGACAAUGCCGAUAGCUGGGUGAUGCUCAACCAGAGCGGGUUCGUCAAGCUCGGAAACGAACGCGUCCUGCUCAAGCUUGACUCCCGCAUAUCAUGCGAGCUCUCCGUCCCUUCCAGCCUAAAGGCGCGGUGCGAAGCCUUCCACAGGAAAAGCGAUCGGGGGACCCUGUUCCUUACAAAUAAAAGAAUUGUGUACCUACCCGCCAAAGUGACCGGCGAGCCCAAGUUUGAGUCGUUCAGCGCGCCCAUACUCAAGUUUCAGGAUGCUACAACGUCCUCAUCCAUGUGGUGGGGGUGGAUGUGGAAGUCAGACUGCGUGCCCGUCACGGGGGGAGGGAUCCCGUCCGCCAUUCCUCGGAUCGAGGUCAAGUUCACAUUUUCAGAUGGCGGGAUGAACGACUUCAAUCUCGCGUACGAGCGCCUACGCGAACGAAUCUACCAGUAUCAGGAGAUGCGCAGAGAGAUGGGCCCAGACGCAGACAUCCCCGACGAGCCUCUUCCCGCCUAUGAAGCUCCCGGAUCAGCGCCGCCCGAGCCAGCUCGGCAGUCAGCGCAGUCGAGGCCAGCUCCUGCGCCCGACGCCAAUCUCGCUGCGCCGGCAGCUCGUGAGCAGCGGUCUGAUAGCUCGGCCAGCCUCAGGCCGGACGGGCCUCCCCCGGAUUAUGAGGAGGCACAGGCGCAGCAGCUGAGCAACCGACUGGAGGACCACAUCCGAGACGAAGUGAACCGGGGCGAUGGGAGUUGA